AUGGAGUCCACGGAUGUAAAUGGCGGGCAAGAUGUCGGGUACGAAUACGAUCCCCAGACCACGCUCGAAUCGAUCGAGAAGAGCAAGACGAUCAAUUUUACCAUCAGUGCCAACUACACAUCCGGCUGGCAACCGCGGGAGGCCUUUCGUGAGCUUGUACAGAACUGGCGAGACGGUAUCAUCGAAUCUUUCAAGCUGGCCAGACAUGAGUUUCGUGUCAUACGACGAGAGCAAGCGCUAGACCAUAACAUCGAAAUCAUGUAUAGCGUGCCAAACGUGAAGUGGACCGGGGACACGGAUCCACGAUGGCUCGGGUAUAUUCGCUAUACAGGCCGCGAUGGUGAAGGAUCCAUCGAUAUGGUCAAUUGUAAGGCCACCCUGCAGCCACAGUAUCUCGACAUGGGUGGCUCGAGCAAGGUUGGCCAAACGGAACAGGCCGGUGCCCAUGGCGAAGGUCUCAAAAUUGCAUUACUCGUGUUGAUGCGCAGUCCGCAAAACCACUCUGUUCGCUGCUGCUCUGGGGGUUUCAACUGGACCUUCAAUUUCACCACAAGCGGACGACUUGUUGCCCGCUUGCAGCGCAUGUCGGAAGCAGCCAUCGAUCGGGCUGUGGAACAAAUGGAGCGACAGACUCAGCGACCAGGAGCAUUGUUACCUUUCACAGCGUCACCAAAUCACGAUGUACGGUUCGUGAUUGGUGAGUACCGGACUGGCCGUAAUGAGACAGGCAACAUGGUAAACCGGAGUCCUGUCAAACAGACACACUUUGAGGAGUGGACAGCGGCGGCUUUGUUCCUCCACAGCACGGAACCUGGUGACAUACUGACAACGAGUGCUGCGGGAGAUCUACUUCUCGCGCCACAUCUUCGGGGAAAACUUUACCUUAAAGGUCUGCUAUUGAAGGAGUCGAAAACUGGCCAGUCGGCCAGUAUGACUGGACGCCCGCUUCGCUUUGGCUAUAACUUCGCCAUCGGUCGGACGAAUCGCGAGAGAAUGUCUGUCGGAAGCGCAGGAGAGGAGGGUCGUGCGAUGUUGGCUAUUUGGAAUGCGGUACUUCAGGAGUACCCGUCGUUGGCCACUUCGGCGGAAAACUUGAGCGAUAUGCUUAAUACUGUCGAGCCGGAGUAUGCAGAUGUUAGUGGAGCGAAGUACAUGCCGAGAAUGCUGGCCGAGUCACUCAAGAGGCACCUUUUUUCUCGGGUGCCUCAAAACAAGUGGUACUACAGCAGCGUUGAGAAGAGCAAGAACCAUCGACUGGACGACAUCUUUCGCGGUCUCGGAUGCGAGGGUGUUGAGCUCUCAAAGCCUUACUGGGAAGCGCUGCGCCAGUAUGGUCUUCUUCGAACCGCCGAGGAAGAGGAACGCCGCCGAUUCAUGGCGGCACCUAUUGUUCCGCCCCCGGCCACCAGCUUCGCGAAAUCGCUUUGUCGCCUUCUCCAUGCCUGCUUCCAUGGCUGCUCGCAAAUGAAGGGACUUGAUUUUGUUUUUGUUGGGGCAGGUCAGCUGAACCUUCAACUCUACUUUUCAGACGACCACGACCUCCUGUUCCGAAUCCAUGACCGCUGGCUUUCGGUGCAGAGUGCGUCCGCUGAGUUGGGCUUGUCCGAGUUUCAAUCGGAGUCGGACAUUCUUUUCCAUGUAGUGAAAAGCUUAUUUUUUGAUGCCCUGGAGCAGUUACCGCUGCAAGAUUUUACUAAUCCAGACGGCGGACUGCAUAGCCGUAUCCAAGAUCGGCCCCGCCGCCGGGAGGCCAUCCGCGCUGAACAGCGUCUGCUCAACUACAUGCGCAUCGCAAAUUCAAGUAUCGAAACCAAGAAAGGAUUGCCCGCUUUACGCAUUUCUUGGCCUAUGACCCAGCCCGAGGUUGAGAUCGAGAUCCAGUGCCACUUAUUGUCGACAUGCUCCCAUUUGAUGAACAAACUUGUAGCCCGAGAUGGUAAAGGCCCCCUCUAUUGCGAUUUGGGUGAUGCGAGUGUUUAA